GUGUUCCGGCCACAGCCUGCGGAGAGGGCCCCUGGGGCCCGGGCCGAGGGUGCCUGUGCGGCAGCUGGCAGGAUCCGAGGGGCCAAGGCCGGCCUUGCUGCGCUGCCGUCCCCCAGAUGGGAAGACCGGACUGGCCUUUGGGGUCCGGCCCUUGUCCUGGAACCGAGUCAUGAUGACAAGACCCUGCCACUUGCCCGCAGCCUGAAGGGCCCGCAGCCUGGCCUACACCCAUUUCUCGACCCCUCUGCCCUCCGCGGGCUGGGGAGGGAGGGCAUGUCCGCGCGAGGGCCGCCCCUGCGGGUUUCCGCAGACCCCGCCCCGCUCCGCGAGCUUCGUGUGGUCUCGAGGUGUGUGCCUUCCCAGUUCUCCCUUUUUAACGGCAAACACGAUUAAUGUUAGCAGACUUCGGGGGGAGCAGAUUCUUAUCUGCCGCGCCUGUGACCACACAAAGGGUGUCAGGAUGCUGAUGCGACACUGAUAAACCUGCGGGGGCUUAAGCCCAGGCCCUCCGCCGCCGCCGGCUGUGGGGCUCCUGGCCGGACGCAGCAGCCCCUUCCGUCCAGACGCCCCAAGCUCCCCCCCGGGGAACCGGCGUCGGCGCCGCGGGCCUGGCCCGCUGCAAACCGAGCCCCACCGAGCGCGCGAGGCCGGGACGCCGCAGCGCCCGAGACGACGCCCCCGGCAACGGACGAGGACGACACAAGGACCCGUGGCCGGACCCCUGGACCGCGGCGCCAGGGCGCAGGCGCACCGCGAGCCGGAAGCGGAAAUGGCGGGGCGGGGCCUGCCGAAGCGGAAGAGGGACGCAGGCAGCCGUGGGAGCUCAGGUGGCUCUGGGGCCCUUCCCCCCGAGCCCAGAGGUGCAGACCGGCGGGCCACCCAGGCCAUGAGCAGCAGGAAGCCUUUGCUUGCAGAUCCCCCUAGGGAGAAGUCGGGGCCACAGCUGCCCCAGGGGCCCAGACUGGCCUCUACCUCCCCCAGCCCCACUGACACCUGGGGCCAGCCCGGGCCCCAGAGCAGCAGCCAGCAGGCACCGGAGACUCAGGACUGGGUGAGCGAACCCCAGGAGAGCCGGGAGCCGCGCCGCCACUGGAGCCUCAGCAUCGACGAGCGGCGGCAGCGGGCCAUGCGGGGCUCCACCGGGGUCUGCACCCGCCGCCCGGACCUCCUGCGGGUCCUGACCCAGCUGGCGGACGAGGUGGUGGACAAGGACGUGCUCGUCCCCCACCCGCAGAGGCCUGCCCUGCCCGCCUUCCCUGGCCGCGCCCUCCUGACCCUCGGCUUGCCUUUCUCCCGCAACGCGACUUCGGAGGCCCAGGCUUCCAGGUGCCCGCGCUCCUGA